GAAAAUCACGUGAUAAAGUCUUGUGAUCAGCGAGCGGCCUAGCCAAGCGAAGAUUCUGUUGAGACUGAAGCUGUAACUUUGACGUAGACAAAGCCCGACACAAUGAGGAAGACACUGAUUUCGUUCUCAGUUGUACUGUUGGUGUCAAUUACACAGGCAUUGCCAAAUGUAUUUAACUUUGAAAUUCCUAAGAUUGACGGCUUUGGCAAAGAAGUACUAAAAUCAUCUAAAAAUCGCUUCACUGACAAUGUCGGCCAACUUUUGAUGCAGUAUCACAUGUCUCAGAACAAAGGUUUCAAGCAGAGUAUGAUUAAUCAAUUGAUGAAGACUAGUGGAUUAAGAGGCCAAAUUAAUGGAUUUAAAUGGAAAGACUGUGGAAGUGCAGCAGGCAAGAUUUCCACUCUGAACAUAUCCCCAGAUCCUAUACAGUUUCCAGGAACCAUCACCGUAUCUGUAGGAUUUACACUCAACACAACAUUAGAUAGACCUUUAGCGAUGAGUGUUAUAUGGGAAAAAAAGAAUAAUCAAGGACAAUAUGUAGAAAUACCAUGUGUCGAGGACCUGUUUACAUGUAAUUAUACAAAUGUAUGUGAACUGAUGGACCAGAUAGUACAAUGUCCUGACCCACUUGUAGCAGCAGGAAUUUCCUGUCAGUGCCCCAUUACUAAGGGGCAAUAUUUGAUGAAUAAUGCUAAUUUUGAGAUUGAUGCUGCUUUUCUAUCAGAAGGAGAUUAUAGGAUCAAAGUAAUGGCAAUGGCCAAAGGAAAACUUGAGAUGUGUAUUGAUAUGACAGCAUCAGUAUCAUCAGGGUAAAAAAGAGUGACAGCUGAACUGAAGGAAGAACUUGAAACAGGAUAAGAUUUAAAUGGAUGAAAACUAACAUUUUAGAUUAAAUUUAUACUGGGAAAAGGGGGAAUUGAAAUGAAUUCGCAGACCAACAGGAAACUGAGGAAAAAUUUUGUUACUAUAAAUUUGUUUGUGAUAUCAAGUAUAGAAAUGAGGUUGAAAUUUGUUGUUUUCUAGGAAUUAAAUGUAAUUUUUUCAUCAGAUAUAUUCCACCUGGACAAAUGUAUUUUAAUUUUAAUAAAAGCCAUCAAAAAAAGUGAUAGCUGCUGAAAUCAAAUUUACAAAUGAUGAAAACACAGAAACUUGGAUACUUCAAAGAUAUAUUUUACAGGUGUUUUACAUUGAAAAUUUUUAGUUCAGAUGCUUUGAACAGCUUUUACUGACAUCAUACUUUGAAUGAGAUUGAGUCUAACACAGGGUAACAUGAAAUAAUUUAUAUGUCAACUGAACAAAAAUGAUUUCUAGUGUGUCUUUUAAUUGGGAAUGACCAUAUUUCUUUUAAAUGUUAUGAAAUAAUUAGUGUGCAAUUUAAUGUAAAAAAGGGUGCUUUUAGAAACUCUCCAUCUUUGGAAAUGGAAGAUUGUAGUGAAUUUUUUUUUCAUACAUUAAUAGUGAUGUCCUAUUUUUUGUGUUAUUCAACUUUAUUGUAAUCAAUUUGAUGUUUUCUCAAGAGAACAACAAUUUACUAAAACAGCAGAAAAUUUUAUGAGAAGAGCUUUUUUCUGUUAUCUGUGAACUACCACAAUUUAGUCUAUAUUGUAGUCUGGAAACUAGUAAAUACUUGUUUUUUUAUGCUAACUUUUAAUCAGAGUGUAAAGCUUUUAUACAUUUUUUGCCAGUAAAUUUCAUAAAACAUCUUUUGCAUUGUAAGAUAUUUCAGCUAUUAUUUUGUUGUUAAAUCUAUAAUAGCAUAUGGGGACGUAAAAUAGAAAUUUAACAGCCUGGAAAAGGAGUAAGAAUCACAUUGCUAUGAAUAAAUUUUUUUUUAGAAUAAGCUGAAAAAGUAGAUAAAAUACCUCUUAAUUUAAAUACUCAUACAUUUCAUUGUAACUAUACUUUUUGUCCCUUGAACUCUCUUCUAAGAAAUCCUCUACUGCAGUGCAGAUGGUUAUAUAAAAGUGUUGAUUACCUGGUUUUCAUCUUUCAUUGUCUAGAUUAUAUGCAUUCUUAUUGUAUAUAUUAAUUUGCCACUGGACAUUCAGCAGCCAUCCAUCAUCAUCAUCAUCUUAUGAUAUAACAUUAGUUUAUUAAAGAAUCAAAGGGUUUUGUAACUUUGGAAGAUUAUAAUGUUCGAUUUAGCUGAACAUAUUCUGUUAAUGUGUUUUUGUGUUAUUUAUUAUCGCAGCGUGGUUGGCAUAGAAAUACUGAACAACUAUGUGUUUUUUCCAUAUGGCCUUGUAAAGGCUCAGACCCAUACAAUUCUUGCCAGAUUUUUUUGAAAUUCAUGUCAUCAAUUUCUUGGACAAAUUGAAAAAUUAGUGCUGAUAAACUAUUUUUAUAUUGUAAGGAGUUAUGUCCCUUAGAAUGUAUUUGCGUUUGUCCAUCUGGUCUUGUAAGUGCUCUCACGUACAAUUCUUGUCAGUUUUUUUUCUUUAUGAAUUUUUGUCAAUGAUUAAAAAAAGCAAUGUCUUGGAAAAGAUGGAAAAUUAGUGCUGAUCAGAGUUAAGUCCAUUAGAAAUUUAGAUUUUAUUGAAAAUUGCUUUGUAUUAAAGUGAUCUCAAGCCUGGAUAUUUAUGAAAAAAUGUUUAAGAACCAAACAAAAAUAUGUUUCAGUUUUGCCCUUGGUCAGGUACAAUAUGCACAUUGGUGAACCAUUGGAACACUGUUCUUUUAUAAAUUUUGAUAUAAUUAGAGUAAAUUUUGGAGUGAUAAAAAAACAUGGACAAUGGCAUUUCUUUACAUCAUUAUUUUAGGGGUAUGAGGCAACUUUCAUCUUCUGCUUCUAUGGGAGUCAAAACUUUAAAUAAUUCAAUAUGCAUUUCUCGUUGUUGCAAAAAGAUGGAAAUAAAGAAAAUAUUUAUUUUUAUUCCUUUUUGGAAUUUUAAUAAUGUGACAUUGGGAUUGAUACAAUACAUUUAUACUUAUAUACUAGUACAUAGAAGAUAGAGAUAUGUAUAUACACUAUACAGCUACUAUUGUUUGUAUUAAUGUUUACUUUUUUUAUUAAUACUAUUCACUAUGUUUUUCUUAAAUAAUAUUUGUUGUACUUUGUGAAGUUUUUGUAUGUGAAAUGAGUGCAUUAAUUUUGUUGUUUACCAUUUCAGCUUCAGAAUCUAAGGAACUCUGGUUAAAUGUUUCAAUGCUUAAUUUGUUGGGAAUUUGGCUCAAAUGAUUUGAUAUUGUUAUAAACAAAAAAUUUUGAUAUUAAUUUGCUUAUUAUUUUUGGUGUCUCUUGAAGAAACUUAUUUUCUAUAAAAAAAUUAGUUUUAAUUCUUUACUUGUGAAUUGUUAGGUUUAAUUCUUUACUUGUGAAUUGUUUAAAUUGAAUAGAUCCUAAAGCAUAAUUGUUAGUUAAAACAAAAAUUUGAAUUAUAUGCUAAAGUGUUGAACUGAGUAGUGGUUCUCCUGGGAAAAAAAGUUUGGAAAUAUAACAUUAAGGGGAUCAAAAUUUGCACUCUUCCAGUUGAGUAGAGUGACUUUACCAAGAUUUUAUUGUAAAAUAAAUAUUAAAUAUUUUAGUUCUCUUCACUUCUGAAUACCAGAAUUUCAAAAAGUUAUACACAGGAAUUGUUGGACUAUUUAUACUCAUACCAGAAUCUCAAUAAAAUUGUACUCUUGCACUUCUGUUAUAUUUUAUUUUAUGUUUAUUUGUCAUUUUUAUUUAGAAUUGGGGCAUUGUUAUAAAGUUGUAAAAGUGACAGUGAAAAUAGGGAUAUAUGCACAUGAGAAAAAUUUUGUACCAUCUAAAUUUAACAGCAAAGGUAUUUGUUAAUUGUAUUUAAUUCAAGUAAAAAGUGAAAUUUAAAUCAGUUAUUUUGAAUGAUUUAUUACAAGUAAAUCAUUUUCGAUAGAGUUGUUUCCCUUUGUUGGAGAGUGGGUGUACUUAGGUAUCCACUAUUUACAUCCUUAAGGGAAUUAUUCACAUUUAAUUUGUAGUUUUUACAAAAAUGUAAAAUUUUGGCAAAUUAUGAAAAAUUCAACAAAAUAGUUUUCAAUGCAAAUUUAAAGUUUCAUGAAAUUAAAGAUUAAAUUUAACAAAAAUAAUGUACACCCUAAUUCACUGUUUUAUUUAAAUUUUCAGAAAUAUUAUAGAUUGAAAAAACUCUUGAGGAAGGUACUAGAUGAAGAGAAUUAUAUUUAAUUCUUGGAUAUGUUCAUAUGUGAUGAAAAUUAUCCAAAAUUACUGUGAUUGUUUACACUUUAUAACAUUGUGCAAUAGAUUUUUUAGGUGCUUUUUGUAUUUAUGUAAUACUAUAUAUUGGAUUUUGUUGUUGAGUAUUAUAGUAUUUCCUUCACGUUCAAAUAUUUAAAAAAAAAAAUCACACUUGAGAAUUUGAAAUCAAUAAUAUCUUCUUCUUCUCCAGUUGUACAACAAAACUUCAGGAAACUGAAGAUUACUUGGGAUUACGCAUACAUGGUAUUUACCUAAAUUUAUAAUUUAAUUCAAGAAAUGAAAAAAAAGACGAAAGAUUUAUUUUUUAUAUUCAAGGUUGAAAAUUUAUAUUUAAAGAUUACAAUUAAAAUCUUAGAAAUUAACUCCAGAUUAUUCCACUUAAUUAUUUCGCAAACUAAAAUGUUUGUAUAUGUUUUUUUUCUACUAAUUUUCAAUAAACUUUAUUGAAUUCUUAAA